AUGUCUGAACACAACUACAAAUUUGACAUCACCAUGAGCUGUGGCGGAUGCUCUGGUGCCGUUAACAGAGUCCUUGGAAAACUCGAAGGCGAGUUUGCGCCUACUUUGCGCCCAUUUGCGCGCGAUGCUAAUAUGAUCAUAGGUGUCAAAUCAUACGAAGUCUCCCUCGAAACCCAGACCGCAAAGAUCGUUGCCGAGGAAUCGCUGUCGUACGAGAAGGUUCUGCAGACUAUCCAGAAGACGGGCAAGAAGGUUACUGGGGGUGAGGCUGAUGGGGAGAAGAAGAGUGUUGAUUUGAUCAAGGCCGAGUAG